GGAAACUCAUAGCGCUAUUUUUAGGUUUUCUGCUCCAUCUUCCCUCUCACCUUCACGCAGCGUUCUUCUUCGUAAGCAGUUCAUUUUUUUUUGUGGUGUGAACAAUGGCGUACGCUGCGAUGAAGCCCACCAAGCCAGGCUUGGAGGAAUCUCAGGAACAGAUUCACAAGAUUAGGAUCACCCUAUCUUCCAAGCACGUCAAAAAUCUCGAGAAGGUUUGUGCGGACUUAGUUCGCGGUGCAAAGGACAAGCGCCUCAGGGUUAAGGGACCAGUUAGGAUGCCAACUAAGGUUCUUCACAUCACUACAAGGAAAUCCCCUUGCGGAGAAGGUACCAACACAUGGGACAGAUUUGAACUCCGUGUGCACAAGAGAGUGAUUGACCUCUACAGUUCCCCAGAUGUUGUUAAGCAGAUUACCUCGAUCACAAUUGAACCUGGUGUGGAGGUUGAGGUGACCAUUGCAGACGCCUGAUCUUGAUCCAAAUUUUAAUUGUUAUGCUUCCUAGUUAUUUCACCAUUAUUAUUCUGUAUUUUGUAAGUUUUGAUUACCUGACUGAGUUGGUUUGUUUUAUCUAGUUUUACGGUUGUAGACAUUGAUGAAAUACCAGAGAAAUGUCAUCUGAAGAAAUUCUAGAAACUAUUAUAUAGUUGUUUUGAAAUUAUUAAAAAUCACUUUUUUCUGGACUCA